AUGCAUCGAACAAAGAUAUUUGUAUUAAAAAUUACAAUAAUCUAUCAACUUUUACUUUUGAAAAUGAAAAAGAGUUUUCUUCAAGUAAAUUUUUGGAUAAAAAAAUAAUUAAUUUACUUUAAAAGGGAUAUUAAAUGUUUGAUGCAAAAAAAAUUUAGGCAAAUAACUAAAUUGUAGGAAUCAUAAAUAAUUCAUUAGAAAUUGGUAUUUAUUAGAAAAGAAUUUAAAUAUUAAUAUCACGCUUAAUACUAAUUACAAAAAAUCAAAUAAAUAUAUUCAAUAACAUAAAUUACAAGAAGCACAAGUAAAAAAGUAUACAAACAACUCUAUUGA